CCCCAGUCCACGCACGGCACGGACACCCCGUCCGGCCGCCCGCGCACUCGCGCAAAGAAACCGAACCCCGCACGCAUUCCCGCGGACCUUCCGAGCACUUUCCCCUCCGCCUCCCCCAGCCGCAGCCAGCCCCGGAUCCACCAGCAGCAGAUGCGACGCCCGAUCUGACGCGGCCGAUCCCCGGCGAUGAGGCCUCGCCGCCGGGUCCUCCACCCGGACUCCGGCCCGGGCGCCGGGGGCUGCUUCGAGGGGUACGGCUGCGCGCCGCCACCGACGGUUCCCAGCACCCCUUACGCCGGCCCGGCCCCUUCCCCGGCGCCGGCGUCCACUCCGGUCCCAACGUGCCCCUCGGUCGCCUCCCCGCCGGCGCCUCCCCCCGCGCACAGCGGCAGGAGGAACCAGGGAGGAGGAGGGAUGCAGGGGUACGGCCCCCCGCCGCCCGGCGUUGGCGGCGCGGGCGGCGACCACCGGUGGCACUACGUCAGGUACGUGCUCAUCGCCGCGGGGGUCAUCGCUUUCGUCUCGCUGAUCCUGCUCAGCGUCUCGGUCGCCGUGCGACGGCGGCGGCGGCGGCGGGGGCAGGCGCUCCUCGCGCACGCCGCCCCGCCGCCGCCGGGCGCGGGGGACGGCGGCGGCGACCCCGAGGGCGGCGGCGGGGUGGUGCACCACGUCUGGUACAUCCGGACCGUGGGGCUGGAUGAGGCGGCGAUCAACUCCAUCGCCGUGACGCCGUACCGCGCCGGGCGGGGGCUGCUGGGCGCGGCCGACUGCUCCGUCUGCCUCGGCGAGUUCCAGGACGGCGAGCUCGUGCGCCUGCUGCCCAAGUGCGGCCACGCGUUCCACGUCCCCUGCAUCGACACCUGGCUCCGCGCCCACGUCAACUGCCCGCUCUGCCGCUCCGACGUGCUCGACCCCGCCGUCACAGCGGAAGAGGAGACCAGCUCGAUCCCCCCAGCUGAUCCGGAUGCGAACGCCAACGUCGAAGCCGAGCAACAAGCGGCUGCCGCGAGCGACGCAAUCCCGGAUAACGAAGAGGAGGAGAGCAGCCGCCAAGAAGCAGCAGCUUCACCCGCACAAGAGGACCAGCAAGAACAACCCAGCUCGCCGGAGCCGCCGCCUCAGCAGCAGGUGAUCCGUCCUCCGCCGCUUCGCAACGUGCGGCGCGCGGCGUCCAUGGACGCGGCCAUAGCGUCAACCGCUCCAGAGGCAGACCCCGCGGCACCGGAGCGUUUGCCGGAGGCAGCUCCUGAAGAGGAGCAGAUCGGUGGCAGGCGGAAGCGGUCCUGCGCGAAGCCAUCGGGUUCCGGCCAUCGGAGCAACCUCAGCACCGACAGGCCGGCUGCCGGCGGCGUCCCCAGGUCCUUCUUCUCGCUGCAUUCGCGUGCUCGGAGCUCGGUGCUGCCGCUGUGAGCCACGGCGCUGAGAUCCCCGAGCUGAAUUUUUGCUCGCUGCUAAUAAUGCCUGCUCCUGUCGUUGAUCCAUGGCGCAAUCUAUAUUAUACUUGUAAGACUUACGAUCUCGAAACCGAGGUUACGAGUAAAAAAAAGCACAAUACGGUGAGUGGAAGUUUGCAAUCGAGAGGUUGUCCCUAGCUAUAAUACUGUACAGCUAUGUUCUUCUCUGCAGUAUGGAUUGAGGAAUCGUCUUUGGUGAUGA